AUGGUUACUACAGAAGAAGAAUUUGAAAAUGGGGAGUUGUCAAGCAAUCGAGAAAAUCAUUUUGGAAGAUGGUGUAAUUCAUGUGAUGAGGGCAGCUCAGCUUCCUCAAUAUGCAAAAAUUGUAAUGAAUACUUGUGUAAUAAUUGUGUGAAGGCUCAUCAGAGAGUAAGAUUGACUAAAGAUCAUUAUAUUGAGACAUUGAGUAAUGGAAAAUAUCAUUCACCCAGCAUACCCGCCCCACCCUCCCCUAUUUUACAUUAUGCAUCAGAUCGACCGGUUAACUAUUGUGAACGUCAUGAAAUCGAAGUGUUGAGAUUAUACUGUGAUACGUGCUCACAACCCAUUUGUCGAGAAUGUACUAUGACAGAACACGUCGGACAUAGUUUUAUCUACCUCCAAGAUGCAUUAGAAAACUCCAAAACCAUCACAUUGAAACUUGUUGCAGAUGCCAAAGCUGGCAUUAAAGCAAUUGAAGAUAGCAUUCAUUUAACUCAGGGUAUGGGAGAAAGAAUUGAAGGCAGGGCUCAGGCUGUAACUCAGGAAGUACGAUCAACUACUAGAAGAUAUAUGGCAGCUCUUGAAGAACGUGAACGAGACUUAUUACGACGAAUUGAAAAAAUUCGACAAGUUAAAGCCAAAUCCUUACAUUCUCAAGUCGAUGAUCUCAAACUAGGCCUCUCAUCUAUUUGUCAAACAGUGGAUGAGGUAGAGAAAAUGUUAAAUACGGGUAAUGACAUAGACAUUCUCAAGACCAAAGACAAAAUGGUGGCAGAAAUGCAGAACAUGAGAAAAUUACGUGGUUAUUUAGAGCCCCAUGAAGAUGAUAACUUAGUUUUCACUCCGCCUGAUACAGCUCUGUAUAAUGCUAUUGGUAAAUUAGGCUUCAUUACCAGUAGUGCUUGUGCAACCAAUUGUAUCGCAACAGGAGAUGGGUUAAAAAGAUCUUUGAAAGGCAAGCUUGCUUUCUUCAUGGUACAUUCUAAAGAUCAUCAUGGUGAGGCUAGAGUGGUAGGAGAUGACCCAAUCGAUGUUCUUAUUCAGAGUCCAGAGGGUGCCAUUUACAGAACAGAGGUGAUAGAUCGUCAUAAUGGUACAUAUACAGUAACUUACAGACCUCAAACAGAAGGUCAACAUAUAAUAUCGGUCACUAUUAGAGGCAAACACAUUAAAGAUAGUCCGUUUACAGUGACAGUAAGAAAUGGUAGAAACUAUAUUACAGUUGGUCAGAUGAUUCACCAGUUUGGAUCUGAAGGAGAUGGACCAGGGCAGCUGUGUAGACCUUGGGGGGUUUGUUGUGAUAAAGAUGGAAAUAUCAUCAUAGCUGAUCGAAGUAAUAACCGUGUACAAAUAUUCAAUCCAGAUGGAACUUUCAAGUUCAAAUUUGGAUCUGCAGGUUCCAGGAAUGGUCAAUUUGAUCGGCCAGCUGGAGUAGCCUGCGAUUCUCAGGGAAGAAUUGUUGUAACAGACAAAGACAAUCAUAGGGUCCAAGUCUUCACAUCUACAGGCAAUUUUCUAUUUAAGUUUGGUGAGAAAGGCAAUAAAAAUGGCCAGUUCAAUUACCCAUGGGAUGUGGCUAUAGGAUCCGAUGGACGAAUGAUAGUUUCUGACACUAGAAAUCAUAGAGUACAACUCUUUAAUUCAGAAGGCCAGUUUAUGAAUAAAUAUGGAUUUGAAGGUCCAUUGUGGAAGCAUUUUGAUUCCCCGCGUGGUGUGGCGUUUAAUAAUGAAGGUCAUAUUGUGGUUACAGAUUUCAACAACCAUCGAUUACUUGUUAUUCAUUCUGAUUUCCAAUCAGCCAGAUUUUUGGGAACAGAAGGUAGUGGAAACGGUCAAUUUUUGCGCCCUCAGGGUGUGACAGUUGAUCAAGAAGGCAAUAUUAUUGUUGCAGAUUCAAGAAAUCAUCGAAUUCAGGUAUUUCAACCCAAUGGCAAUUUCUUGUGUAAGUUUGGCAGUGCAGGUUCAGGGCCUGGUAUGAUGGAUAGACCGUCUGGUUUGUGCGUCAAUCCAGAUGGUUUGUUAAUAGUCAUUGAUUUUGGCAACAAUAGAAUCCAGGUUUACUGA